AUGGCAGUACAUCUUUCAUGGAUUCUUUUAGCAUUAGUUUUAACAUUAUUCGUGCCUAAUAAUUCCGGCCAAAUCACUGUUAGAACAGAUAAUGGCCUCAUCAGUGGAAAGUCAGAUAUUAUUGAUGGAACAACAGUGCAUUCUUAUUUGGGCAUUCCUUACGUUCAACCUCCAAUCGGUUCACUACGCUUUAUGCCACCGAAAGCGUUAACAUCGGCCUGGUCUGGCGUUUUAAACGGAAGCCAAUAUAAAAAUUCUUGCCCUCAAUUUACACCUGUUGGUGGAACACAACCUAAUACACCAGAACAUCAAAUCAAUGAAGAUUGCUUAUAUAUUAACGUUUUUACUACAAAACCAGUCGCUGUUGCUAACAUGUCCGUUCUAGUAUGGAUUCAUGGUGGCGGUUUUAUUGUUGGUACUGGAGCUGGUUGGAAGAUGCAAACACUAGCAGCUAAAGAAGGUAUCGUUGUCGUUUCCAUGAACUACAGAUUGGGUGCGUUUGGUUUCCUAACUUCUGGUGAAGAUAAUCCCGGUAAUAAUGCUAUUCAACCUAACUUAGGAAUACUCGAUCAACAAAUGGCUUUAAAGUGGGUACAAGAUAAUAUUGAAAACUUUGGUGGUAAUAAAGAAGCAGUUACUAUUGCUGGAUUCUCAGCUGGUGCGUACUCUGUAGGUAUUCACGUAUUAGCACCUAGCAGUUACGGAUUAUUUCGUUAUGCUAUUAUGCAUAGUGGAGCCGUAUUCGAUAGUCAUACCUACAAAUCCAUGGCAGAAGCUCGUCAAGCUUUCCUGAAGUUUGGUAAACAAGCAGGAUGUAAUGGCACUACUGUUGCUACUGUGACUCAGUGUGUACGUAGUUUAAGUGUGGCAAUAAUUUUAAAAGCAUCCUCUUCAAUGUUGCUUCAAGAUUUCGGAUUCUUUAGUGUUACGGUAGACGGUAAAUUAAUUGUAGAGAAUCCUAGAAAAGCUUGGGCAGCAGGUCGAUUUAAGAAAGGCAACCUACUAAUGGGAAUUGCAGCUCAAGAUGGCUACGUAAACGUACCUCCUCAAGUAACUAGGCCAGCUUAUUUAGGCUUUAUAAAAUACUGGUUUAAUAGAAUAUAUAAUGAUUUAGGUCAAGAUGUUAUUAUUAGCAGAUAUACAAACUAUAAUGACAUCAACUCUCUAACAAGUAAUUUGCAUAUGCUAAGAGAAUUAUCUACCGAUUCACUCUUCGUUGCACCAGCGGAUUUCGUUGCUGGAUAUCAUUCUAUUUAUUCUCCUACCUAUACCUAUGUUUUCUCUCAUCGAACAAAUCAAUCAGCUUAUUUAAUGCCUAACACUGGUGUGAGUCAUGGUGCAGAAUUACCCUACGUCUUUGGCUAUCCAGUUAAUAAACCUUCCGGCUUUUUAUCAAAUUUUACUUCAGCAGAAAUUGAUUUGAGUAAAGAUAUGAUGGCUAUGUGGGGAAGUUUUAUACGCACUGGGUAA